UUUUCUGAUAUUUAUAUCAUUUCUGAUUCUCAUCGUGUGUACAUUCAACAUGUAGUUAUGCAAUGUUGUUAAUGCAGAGUCUGUCCCCGCACUGACUCACGCGCUGGGACAUCGCAGGCUCACGGUGCAACAUUACUGUACAAGUCCAGCACUCAGUGGGAGGAGCGUGUUCAGUGGGACGCGCGUGUCGAUGCAGCAGGACCGUCCAAACCUCCGGGUCCACCUCGAGCAGCAGCAGCAGCAGUCCCGUCCAAACCUCCGGAUCCAGCUCCAGCAGGAGGACGGUCCAAAAUCUCCGUCCAAACCUCCUGCAGCAGUCCCGUGAUCUUACCUGCGCUCUCACUUCUAACAGAACCACGCUUGGAUUUAAUUUGAUGUAAAAAAAAAAGAGUCCAAUUUCAUGUAAUAUGACCAAAGCCACUUGGGAACCGAGCGCCGGUGCGGCAUAGGACAAAAGAGGAUCUGACUGGAACACAAUGCAUCUCACAGCGCUGGCCUUAAUUCUGCUCGUGACAGGCAUCGCCAAAGGUUGGGAAUGCAGUUCACGCUGCAGCACAGAAAAUGGAUUUUGUGAGAAGCCGGGGAAGUGCAGGUGCAAACCAGGAUGGCAAGGAGAUAACUGUGACCAGUGUCUACCCUUCCCUGGCUGUCUGCACGGCACAUGUGAGAAGGCAUGGCAGUGUGUCUGCGAGGAGGGCUGGGUGGGAAGCCUGUGUGACCAAGAAAUCCGCCAGUGCUCUUCCAGGCCUUGUGCUGUUAAUGCCACCUGCAUAGAGACAGGAGAGGGGGGAUACCUGUGCAUCUGUCCCCAUGGCUACGCUGGAGAAAACUGCCACCUGAAGAAAGGAGCCUGCCACACAAACGGCUCUCAUUGUCAGAAUGGCGGAACGUGUACAGAUGCCAGCGGAUCAGCAGCUUACGCGUCCUGUUUGUGUCCCCCCGGCUUUUCUGGAGACUUUUGUGAGCUCAGCGUCGACAGCUGCCAGCCGAACCCAUGCCUCAACGGUGGCAACUGUACAAACCACGGUCUGGCCUUUGCGUGCGCGUGUGCGCGCGGCUUCACCGGAUUCACUUGUAACAACACCACCAGCUUCUCGCCCUGUGCCGGCCAGCCCUGUGCCAACGGCAGCACGUGCGUCGGUCAGCCCGACGGAGCGUUCCGGUGUGUUUGCCAGAAGUGGUUUACAGGCCCCACGUGUUCCCUGCACCACAGGCCGAGGAGCAGGCCAAAGCCGGGCGGCGCCAGGCCCGCGGACCACCGCGUGUUUGCGCUGACGCCGCAGCAUUACUCGCUGCCGGCUCACGCCUUCCACAGGCUGCUCCGACCGCCCGACAGAGACCUGCUGAAGAUCACGCUCAAGGAGACCGUCCACUCCUCCGGAGUCCUCGUCACUCAGGGUCAGCUCGUCUGCUUUGGCAUACUGGCCCUGCUCACCUGCAUGGUCAUCCUGGGCACCACAGGCAUUGUGUUUUUUGGCCGCUGUGAGACGUGGCUGGCUAAUGCCAAGUACAGCCAGCUGGUCAGGCAGCAAAGGGAGCACCUGCUGAGAGAAGCUGGAGGCGCUCACCAGGAAGAGCCGGAACACUCUGUAAACAUCAUUCUGCCAGAGAAGAUUAGACUCACCAGCUUUGGGAGGCACUACACCUCCAUUUGAUUAGAUCGCAUCUUCCUCUUCCCUCGUCUCCCUCUGGAGAAGUCCAAUAUGAAUGUCUAAUAAUAGCAACAAAGAAACCACUGCCGCCUGACUGCAGCCGUACCGUCGUGUUUAUAACGUGAGAGACUGUGGACCUUGGAAUGAUUGGAAUCACUGAAUGUAAAGUCAAAGACGACACUGGAUUGUAAAUGUAUUUCUAAAUCAAAAAUCCAAAAUGUCAACCGCUCUUAAUUUGGCAACAACAAUGAUGUAAAUAUUAUAAAAAAAGAUAAUAGUUUGAAGCACUUUUGAACGGGGUCAAUGCUACAUUUACAUUUUGUAAUUAUUAUAAGUGUUAUGAUUUCGUAUUUGUUAAUAUUAUUUGGGCUGUGAUUUUUGAGCCAGAAUAUCAAACACAAUCUUUUGGAUCAUCUAAGAAUAUAUACAGUAUAUAUAUAUUAUCCCAUCAUAGGCUGUGGAUGUCAUUUUAACCUUUUGUUACACUUUUGUGAUAUUUCAUAUAGAAAGUGAUCACUUUUUUAAAAUCAAAGUGAACUGAAGGCGCAGACGUCCACACGCAACAUACUGUGAACUGUUCAUUUCAUAACUAGUAACAGAAAUGUGUGAAGUGAGCCUGUGAAGUCACCAUAGAGUGUUACGUAAUAAAAUUGGACCGUGUUUUACCUAAA